UUCUACCUGGAUAUACACAAAUAAUCAGAAAUAGUUUUUGACACUUCUGGUAGAGAAUCAGUUAUGUGAGUGAGUCAACUUCUCUUUCUUUUUCUUUCUGAGCGUAUUUCGAUUUCAGGGCAUAUAGUCAGCAGAACUGAACCUGUCUGAUCAGGCAGUUGCUACUGGAUGACCCGAGGAUGUUUGUUUAGUAAUCUGAUCUGAUCUUUUAAGGCUUAAAUUUCACAAUCAUGUCAUCCUGCAGGCCAUACGUGAGAGUCCAGUCUGGAAGAUGAUUUCCUCAGGAUGUCUGAGAUAAGAUCCAGAGCCUCAUUAUGUAGCUGGAUGGCAUGGAGGAGCAUGGCUGUGGAGAGUUUUACUGAACUGAUACAUAAACUGAAAGAGGUCCAUGAGCAGGAGCAGGAAGGUUUGCAGCAGAAGGUGCUCGAACUAACCAAUAAGAAAAACUGUGAUGCAAAGAGACUGGAGGAAUUGUACAACAGGAACCAGCAACUGAGAGAGCAACACAAGAUGCUCACAGAAAACAUCAAACAGCUAGAAAACAUGUUACGAGCUGGGUUGUGUGACAGGUGUACAGUCACCCAGGAGAUGGCAAAGAAAAGACAGCAGGAGUAUGAAACCUCCCAACUCCAGAGUCUGCAGCACAUAUCCAUACUGAUGGGUGAGAUCAAUGCAUUGGUGAAAGAGAAUGAAAGACUGAAAGAGGAGGUGAAGAGUCUACGAGAACGGACAGAGCAGCAGAAUGGUCACUCAGAGAGAGCAGGAACCCCUGAGGUUAAGCAUUCUCCCAACCCUACAGUCACUUCUCUGUCCAUGGCCACCUCUGUUCUGAAGAAUGAUCAGCCUGCACCAGGGGGCGCCACUACACCAGCAGCCAAUGUGAAGAGUGAAACUGAACACAGCCAAAGCAAAGAGACCCCAGGUGACAGACCGGAAUCAUCAGACAAAGGAUCAGAGCACAAACGGUUACAAGGGUGGAGUUUAAUGCAUCAUCCUGAGUCAAGUAGACAGCCGAAUUUUGUAGCAAACCAAGCAACAUGGAAAGAGAGAAGAGCAAUUAGUGUGGACUCCUUGGAGGCUCAUCCAUCCCCCACCUCACCUUCCAUCCCUCCUCACCUUCGUCUUCUGAAGAACAACCCCUUGUUUUCAACCAGACGCUCUGAGGAACGUCCUGCCCUUGUGUCUAUCCCACUGCGGCCCCAUCCAAUCAAAACAACUCCAUCCAACCUUCCCUGGCCCCUGCCUGAACGUUCAGAUUGGGGAUCAGUGGUGAAGACAGGUACCAGUGGUGGCAUGGUGGUGAGUCCGAACCUGAAGCAUGACUCUAGCUCUCCCAUACUUCGCUUUUCAAGCCUGGUUCCACCAGGCUUUGAGUCCCACCUACCAUCUCAAAGCCCUGCCCAUCCACGACCCAUCUUCCCACACCCGAGGAGCCUCUUCGAGCUGACAGAUGGCAAAGAAAAGAGAACAUCAUCGAGCACCUGGACAAGUUCACAGCAUAAGAGGAUCUUUGGAGAAAAUCUACGAGAAGGAGAUGAAGAGGCACCUUUAGAUCUGUCCAAUGCCUCAGGCCCCAAAGAAACAGAGAUGGACUUGCAAUCGUCUUCAUCUUCAUCACCUCCGGCUCCACUCUCCUCACCAUCUUCAGCUCCAUAUGCUUCCAGUCCGCAGAGUGAUGCGCAAACAGGGGAUACAAAACUACAGAGAGAAGAAACUGGGGAAAGACAUAAGGAAGAGGGAGAUGAUGGAAGUGAGAAGAAUGAGAAUAUAGACACUGAAAAUCUGAAAGUCCCCACUCUGACCAUUUCUCUUCGUCCAGUUGUGGUCCUAGAGUCAUUAAAAUCAGAAGGACAGAAAGAGCAGGACAUGGAGGAAGGCAGCAGCCCACAAGACCAGGAUGAAGAAAAAGAGACUAGCAAACAGGGUAUAAUGAGGAAGAGACCAGGCCAGACUCCUGAAGCCCUUCAACGGCGCCCACAAAAAGAAAAGAAAAUGAGGACAACACUACAGCCACAGGGGGCCAACCUUGGAGACUCAGAGCAAGGUUGAACUCAAUGUCAUGUAUAUGAUAUAGUGUAUGGCGUACAACAAUCUUGGUGCAUGUCCUUCUGCAACCAUGCAUCAAAGACCCUAUGUUUGAGUUGAUGUACAGAAAAAGAUGCCCACCCCUCAUCUAUUGCACUAUAGCAGCAGGCAGGCCAGAAAUCACACAGGAAAGACAAAAAAUACAUCUAAUUUUAGCACUUGUUUCAGAAUAUCACACUUGUUUUGGAGGUUACAUGGCCUGACUACCAGAUCAAGUGCUCUUCUAUGCACACAACAUCUCAAAGAUUAGUAUGGAGAGUUCCCAGAAUUAUUUGCCUGUAGGAGACAGGAAGUGACAGACCACUGCACUUCCUGUCCUGAGGUUGUGAACAAAUUUGACUUGUAACCAGAAAUCAUUUCUUUUGGAUCACUUGUUUCUCAACACAUCUUUCUCUCUGACUGUCUCUUCAUACAUGGAUCUGUGUAUCAGCUUCCAUUUUCCCUUCCUUGAUAAGUUUUCAUAGAAGCAAAUUACUGUCAGUCAACCAGGCUAUUUCUUCCGUUUGUGUUUUUUUUGUUGUUGUUUUUUUUGUUUGUUUGUUUGUUUUUUUUAAGGCCUGUCUCUUGCAAAUGUGACAAAUGAAACACCCUCCACUUCCCGUUUCUGGUUUUGGUCUUUGUGAUGGCAGAGCACAUAUUUUGUAAGAGUGAACUUUCCACUUGCAGCAGCUGUGACCAUUUCGAGCAUGUAAAGGGGUGGGGGUUCAUUUUAAAAUGUCUUUAGCCAUGUCAGACUUACACAAUACAGUUUGUUUCAAUCAGUUGAACUGUUCUUAAAAGUCACUGUGGAAACUCAUGCCCGGUGUUUUUAGAGUACUAUCUGAGGCUUUAAAGAAUGCAUAAAAAUGUAUCACUGUAUGUUGAAAUAAACAAAUGAGCUAUUUUGA